AUUGGCCGGGCCGCCUGCCAAUUAGCGAGCGCUCGCCGAUUUGGCUCCCUCGCUCCGUAGAUGUCAAAGGCUGAAGCUGCUCCCUUUGCCACAUUAUAACUAGUAGGGGCUCCGCAGCCACCAUGGCCACAGCCGCCUCGAAUCCCUACAGCAUUCUCAGUUCCGGCUCUCUGGUCCACGCGGACUCCGCAGGCAUGCAGCAGGGGAGCCCUUUCCGAAAUCCGCAAAAACUUCUCCAAAGUGAUUACUUGCAGGGAGUUCCCAGCAACGGGCAUCCCCUGGGCCACCACUGGGUGACCAGCCUCAGUGACGGCAGCCCCUGGUCCUCCACCCUGGCGAGCAGCCCUCUCGACCAGCAGGACGUGAAGCCGGGCCGGGAGGAUCUGCAGCUCGGCGCCAUCAUCCAUCACAGGUCGCCCCACGUCCCCCACCACUCGCCUCACGCCAACCACCCCAAUGCCUGGGGAGCCAGCCCGGCUCACAACUCGUCGCUGACGUCCGGCGGGCAGCCCAUGAACGUCUACUCGCAGGCCGGCUUCACGGUCGGCGGCAUGCUGGAGCACGGGGGGCUCACCCCGCCGCCCGCCUCGGGGCCGGCCCCGGGGCUGCACCCCGUGCUGAGGGACGCGGCGGAGCACGGCGACCUCGGGGCCCACCACUGCCAAGACCACUCGGACGAAGAGACCCCGACGUCCGACGAGUUGGAGCAGUUCGCCAAGCAGUUCAAACAAAGGCGCAUCAAGUUGGGCUUCACGCAGGCGGACGUGGGCUUGGCGCUGGGCACCCUGUACGGCAACGUCUUCUCGCAGACCACCAUCUGCAGGUUCGAGGCGCUGCAGCUGAGCUUCAAGAACAUGUGCAAGUUGAAGCCGCUGCUGAACAAGUGGCUGGAGGAGGCGGACUCGUCCACCGGCAGCCCCACCAGCAUCGACAAGAUCGCGGCCCAGGGCCGCAAGAGGAAGAAGAGAACUUCCAUAGAGGUGAGUGUCAAGGGGGUCCUGGAGACGCACUUUCUCAAGUGCCCCAAGCCCGCGGCCCAAGAGAUCUCGUCCCUGGCCGACAGCCUGCAGCUGGAGAAGGAGGUGGUGCGGGUCUGGUUCUGCAACCGCCGGCAGAAGGAGAAGAGGAUGACCCCGCCCGGGGAGCAGCCGCCGCACGACGUCUACGGCCACGCGGUGAAGACAGACGCGUCGCGCCACGAUCUGUGACUGGCGGGGCUCGGGACGGCGCGGCCGGAUCCCGAGGGGCCUUCGCUUCGACGGGGCCGAGAGGCAAACCGACACGCGCGUCCGCGCACGGCCCGGCCCGCCGAGGAGGCGCGGGCCGGGAGCGGCGGCGCGCUCCGGCCCUCCGCGCUCCUCUUUUUUGUCGUGGUCGGUGUUGUGUUUUCCCUUCUUUCCGCUGAUCAAUACUUAGCGUUUACUCUCCGGCAAGGUUUUUUGUUUUUUUGUUUGUUUGUUUGUUUGUUUGUUUGUUUGUUUUGUGGGUCUCCGCUAGGAAGAGAGGAAAAGUGUGGGGGGCGGGGGGGAGGGGACGAGAAGAAAAGACAGAUGUGUGCCUAUGAAUAACCUUUCAGCGCCUUGGUUCUAGCAGCUGUAUUUCAGGUGAAAUCUGUUUUCCUAUAGACUAGUUUUGCAUUUUUUUAAAAACUUCUCUAGCGUUUUCUCCGUGUCCGAGGUGUUUUUGCUACGAGCCGUACACAAUAUUUGUGAAAUACUUUGUAUCUCAGCCACCGCGAGCUGCCGACCGGAGACGGCGUCGCCCGGCUCCUUCCCGCCGCCUCCUCCCCGGAGCCGGGGCUUCGAACCUGCCCGGAAGGCGCCGGCCGCUCGGCCCAGCCCAACGGAGACCCGGAACACACCGAAGCCGGCAGAGGGGCCGCUGGGGAGGGGCUGGGGGAGAGGAGAAGGCAGGUCGGGGACUCCAAAGACUUAGCUCUAGAGAGUAGCAAGAGAGGAGGAGGAGGAGGAGGAGGAGGAAGAGGAGGAUGGAGAAGGAGGAGGAUGGAGAAGAAGGAGGAGGAGGAGGAGGAUGGAGGAGGAGGACGGAGAGGUGGAGGUGCAGCGUCCUUCCCUGCCUUUCCCUCUCCGGGAUAUGGGAUUCUCUCUGUACCCCCUGCUCCCUGUAACAUCCCCCCCCCCAGCCUCCUUGUAGCUCAGAUGCUCGAGCCUCCGAGCUCUUCGUCCUUAGCAAACACUAGUUAAACCCCGGGAGAGGAACACAGGGUCUCCCCCAGAAAGGAGCACCGAGGCAGAGCUGACCGAUCCCAGAUGCCAACUGCCUCUUUUUCUCCCUCUCUUUUUCUUUUCUUUUUUUCCGUUCUCU